AUGUCUGAAUACGUGCCCGGUUCUUUGGCUCAAUCUUUACUGAAGAAACAAGCGCCUUCAAUAGAUAAUGAACUUGAUAUCUUAUUCCAAAAUAAUAUAGGUCAAGCCAAAUCUAAAAUAAAUUUGGAAGAAAAAACAGUGACAAAUACAAAAAGCCACACAAAAAACCAUACAAUAAUUGAAGAAAACAGUGAAAUUGGUCGCAAACGUAAAAAAAAAAAGACCUUAAAAAAUAUUUCUCACGAUGGCGGCAUACAGGUUGAUUCUUCAGAAAGCAAGAAAGAGGGUGGAUUCAAAAAGAAAUCGAUUGAAGAAUUAUACGAGAUGAAAUUAGUCGAAGAAUCAGAAAAUCGUAAACGUUCAGAAGAAAAAACAAAUCCUUCAAAUAAUAAAAAGGUGUCAGAAGAUAAUGAACUCGAUAAUAUGCGUGCCGAAAAACGUAUAAAGGCUACCAUACAUGGCACGAAAGAUGAAAACGGAAAAAUCAAAACUACUAAUAAUUCGACAGAAAUUACGACAAAAGAAAAGGAGGAUCCUGAACGUUUACAGAAAACGAUAUUUAUUGGUAAUCUUCCUGUUUGUGUAAUUAAAAAGGCCAAUAGCAAAAAACUGAAGGUCUAUUUUUCUAGAUUUGGACGAAUCGAAAGUAUUCGGUUUCGAUCGAUUUCAUUUUCUGAACAACUCCCUCGGAGAAUUGCCUUUAUCAAUAAAAAGUUGCAUCCUGAACGAGAUGUUCUUAAUGCAUAUAUCGUAUUUAAAGAGAAAUCUUCUGUUCAAGGUGCACUCUCUAUGAAUUCACAAAUUUUUAUGGGAAAGCAUUUACGAGUAGAUUCUGUAGCUGAUCCACAGAAUCAUGAUAGGAGACGGUCAAUUUUUAUAGGCAACUUGUCAUUUGAUGCAGAAGAAGAGAUGCUUUGGAACCAUUUUGAAAAUUGUGGUGAAAUUGAAAACGUUAGAAUCAUAAGGGAUAGCAAAACAAAUGUGGGUAAAGGCAUUGCAUAUGUUCAAUUCAAGCAACGUUCUUCAGUUGAGCUCGCACUUAAACUUAACGAUACUAAAAUUGGAACUCGAAACAUUCGUGUUUCAAGAUGCGCGAAGACAAAACAGAUCGAUACUGGUAAACGUUCUUUUGGCAUUCGUGCUCAUGGUAAAAAAAACGGUAGGUAA